GACGUGCAGGCGCCUGCGUAGCCUGAGGCUGAGGUGGCAGCAGCCAAGCCAACAUGGAACUACCACAGAUGCCGGAGCUCAUGGGUCUGUCGCUGUUGCUCGGGCUGCUGGCCCUGAUGGCGACGGCGGCAGUAGCGCGGGGGUGGCUACGCGCAGAGGAGGAGAUAAGCAGCCGGUCGGCCGGCCAAAAAGCAAAUGGACUCCCACUUGACAAGUCCUCGAAAUCGAAGAAGCAGAAACAGCAACAGCGUAUUCGCAAGGAGAAGCCUCAACAACACAACUUCACCCACCGCCUCCUGGCUGCAGCCCUGAAGAGCCACAGUGGGAACAUAUCUUGCAUGGACUUUAGCAGCAAUGGCAAAUACCUGGCCACCUGUGCAGAUGAUCGAACCGUCCGCAUCUGGAGCACAAAGGACUUUCCACAGCGGGAGCACCGCAGCAUGAGAGCCAAUGUGGAGCUGGACCAUGCCACACUGGUGCGCUUCAGCCCUGACUGCAGAGCCUUCCUUGUCUGGCUGGCCAAUGGAGAAACCCUCCGUGUCUUCAAGAUGAGCAAGCGAGAGGAUGGUGGAUAUACCUUCACGGCCACCCCAGAGGACUUUCCUAAAAAGCACAAGGCGCCUGUCAUCAACAUUGGCAUUGCUGACACAGGAAAGUUCAUCAUGACUGCUUCCAGUGACACAAUUAUCCUCAUUUGGAAUCUGAAAGGUCAGGUGUUGUCUACUAUUAACACCAACCAGAUGAACAAUACACAUGCUGCUAUAUCCCCUUGUAGCAGGUUUGUGGCCUCAUGUGGCUUCACCCCAGAUGUCAAAGUUUGGGAAGUUUGCUUUGGGAAAAAAGGUGAAUUCCAAGAGGUUGUACGAGCCUUCGAACUGAAGGGCCACUCAGCAGCUGUCCACUUCUUUGCCUUCUCCAAUGACUCUCGAAGGAUGGCCUCUGUCUCCAAGGAUGGUACAUGGAAACUGUGGGACACAGAUGUGGAAUACAAGAAGCAGCAGGACCCCUACUUGCUGAGGACAGGUCGCUUUGAAGAGGCAAGCAGCAUGCCAUGCCGCCUGGCACUCUCCCCUGAUGCCCAGGUCUUGGCCUUAGCCAGUGGCAGCAGUAUUCAUCUCUACAAUACCCGGCGGGGUGAGAAGGAGGAAUGCUUUGAGCAGGUCCAUGGGGAGUAUAUCACUGACUUGUCCUUUGACAUCACUGGCCGGCUUCUGGCCUCCUGUGGGGACCGGGCAGUGCGGCUGUUCCAUAACACCCCUGGCCACCGGGCAGUAGUAGAGGAAAUGCAGGGCCUCCUGAAGCGGGCCUCCAAUGAGAGCACCCGUCAGAGGCUGCAGCAGCAGUUGACCCAGGCCCAGGAAGCCCUGAAGAGCCUGGGUGCCUUGAAGAAAUGACUCUAAGAGGGUGCAGCAGGGAGGAUCUGGCCUGCUGCUGCCACCACUGCUGCUACUUUCCUUCCCAGGUACUCCCCAACUGGAAACCUUUUGAAAGGAGUAUCAUGAUUUUUUUUUUAAUGGUGACCCCUCCUUUUUCCCAUUGAAUCUGUUCUUACUACUUAGAUCCUUUGCUUCUUGCUGGUCGUGACUCCUGGCCUGACUUGACCUCCCGGGGUAAUGACUAGGGUGUUUUUUCCUGGGCCUAAGGGGUGGAAUCUCUUUACUGGGCACUGAGAAGAGUGGUAAAUAGAAGAGAAGGGGAGCAUGGUCUUUGACCUUGUGGCAGCACACCCCAAUACCCAGAGAAGUUUAAAAUGUGGAAGCAAAAUCUAAAGAAUGCUCAAGUAUUAACCAGCAGUGUUGCAGGGCUGGGAGACUGGGAUGUCUUACAAAUACAUGACUGUGGUAUGGGUGAGGAAAAGGCUAGUCUGAAUCCAGGUAGAGUAGAUAGCACUAUUAAAAAGUAAGGGAUUUCAUUGUGCCACAAUUAUUUGUAAAAUGAAGAAUAAUCUUUUGACCUCCUCAGAAAGGUGUUGUGGGGAUAUGAGAGUAAAAAGUCCCUAGAUUUGAAAGAAAAGUAGAAAAGAGUAGUAUCUGUUAUCCAGUAUCAUUUAUUGACUACUGGGUAAAAGAGGGUCUCGAACACUGUAGUCUGAAAUUAAAUUAGAAAGGAAAAAACACAUCUGUUGGGAAGGUGAAAUUUCUGGGAUCAUACAUUUCAUCUCUGGUACUGCUUUAAGUUGUGUGGAGGAAUCGUAGAAUCCACAAUGAAGUCUUCUCUUUCACGAGGUUAUAUCUUGUUGGAGGGUACCCCUUUUUAGUCCAUUAAACAUUUGAAUACCCAGCCUGCCCACCACAGCUCAAGGCAAGACAUGAUCUCUGCCAUCAAAGAUGGCUGGUAGGAGAGUGGUGCACGUGUCCUUUAAGUGCUUAAUAUUUACUAUUAAGUGCUUUUUGUUAGUUUAUUCAUAGCUGUAGAAGGCCCUUAUAAAAGUCCAGGUAAGAGAAUUGAACCUGGAUAAGAGGCAGUGGAGAUGAAGCUGAAGUUGAAGGGAUAGAUUUGGUAAGAGAUUAGGUAUUUAGAAGUUUGAAUGUUUGGAUUGGUGGACUAUUUGGAUGUGGGAGAUAAAGGAAAUGAAUCUAGGAAGACUUGGGUCUAGGUAAAAUUUAUUCAUCCAAAAUCACAUUCUUAUUUCCUUUCUUUAAAAUGGGGACCUCCUCCCUUACCCCAAGUUCACAUAAAUGUCUGAACAAGCCACAGCCUUAAGAGUUAUCUUUAAUUACUCCCUUUCUUCAUUCCCUCCGCCCCACUACUCCUACUACCAUCCACUUCACCAAAAAUUUUUGGUUAUACUCUUGUAUUUAUAUCCUAAAUUUGCUACUGCUUUCCAUUUUUUCUGUUACCAUCCUCGUCCUAGCCACUGUCAUCUACUGGAUAAUACAGCUUCCUUGUUGGUUUCCUUCUUUUUUUGCUUCAUUAAAUCACUGUCCAUAUAGCAGAGUGAUCUUCUGAAAUGUAAACAAGAUCACAUUGCUCCCCAGUUAAAACCCUCCAAAGGUUUCCCAUCACACUUGGAAGAAAAUCCAGAAUGCUCAUCAUUGCCCUCAGAGUCAUAAGUAAUCUGGCUUCUUCCUUGUGUGUGCUUUUUACUACUCUCCCAAUCACCCCAACCUUGCUGUUCCUCAGCCAAGCCAAGUUAUUUCCAGCCUCAAGGGGGAUUUGUGCCUAUGUUCUUCCCUCUGCUUGGAAGCAGUUUUCUUUUCUGUUGGCUGAGUUGUCGUGCUUGUCACAAUUCAGGUCUCAGUUUCAGUUAACACUUCAGAGAGACGGUCCCUAACCACCCAAUUUGAAGUAGCCCUUUCCACCAAUCACAUCACAACACAUCCAUCAUAUUAGUGCAUUUUAUUUAUUUUGUAUUUCAUAGUGCUAUCCGAAAUUAUCUUGUUUGGAUAUAUUUGCUUCAGGGGUUUCAGUAUAAAUGCUUAUGGAUGUCAAGUGGGUAAUGUAAAUGCACGAAUUGGGUGUCUUCUGGGUGUAAGACAAUAGGAAAUAGUAGGGACUGAAGUGAUCUCUAGAGGGCAUGUAUCCUGGGUAAGGGGCAGGGUUGGCUGCCACUUAUUCAGAAUCCAGCAGAAGUUGCCGGAUUCAGAGAAGCUAAAAGUUGGCAGUUUGUUAUUUAAAAAAAAUUAAGCACUGUGUGGACCAAACAAAACACUAAUGUGGGCCAGAUGUAGCCCACCAGUUCUCUUAAUUGGCAGCUUCUGGAAUGUUCAUUAACCCACUGGAAUGUGAGAUCCACAAAGGCAGAAUCUCUGUCUUUGUGGAUCUCACAAAUUCUGAUUUGCUCUAUCCCAAGCACAAUACCUGGGACAGAAAAAGCCCUCAAUAAAUGAACUCAAACCAGUGCAUUUGACAGGAAGUUCAGUACCCUCUGUGAAUAUCCUCCCAUUCUCGCUUUCCACUGUGGUUUUAUGUUCCCAAUAACAGAUUUCUGAUUGGUAAUGCUAUGCACAUGGGUCCUGGUGAAUAUUAGCUUUCUGAUUGUCAGAAUAAUGAGACUAAAACUCUUCUUUACAUAUCUGCUUGGCACUGGCAUUCCUCACUGUGAAGUGUUGAGUUACUGAAGUCAGAAGUCUUCCGUUUUGGUUUCAGCUGGAUCACGGACUGAUUUGAGAUCUUGAGCAGAUAGACCACUGACUACUCUGAGUUUGUUUCCUUAUCUGUAAAAUGGGACUAAAUCCUGUCCCUGUGUUUCUGAUGAGCUGAAUGAAAGCACUACAAAAAAAGUGGUUACAGAGACUUCAUGAGGACAGAAAGCUCCUUUCACUAAAAAUGAGCCUGCUUCUCUUGUAAGCACGGGGAAGCUAUCUGGAUAUUAAUGUAGAACAGAGACUGCUGUGUUAUUUUGAUCAAAAAUCCUUGUGUAUGAAGGCAGCAUAAUAUUUUAAUAUUACUAUUCAACUUAUGUGGGUUUGAAAUUUUUCAAAAUAAAAAGUUGGAGAAAUGUUUUAAAUGGUGGUAUAUAGUUUAUUUUAUCAGUUAUCAAAAAUAAAAAUAUUUAAACUACAGUUUUCAUCAAGGUAAUUAUAUUCAUAUUUAAAUGAUUAUUCUGUAAUUAGAGAUUAUAGGAAGUUAGUAGGAAGCACAUACUAAUGUGAUGAGUUAUCAGUGAUGCUGGGUUAUUUCAUUUAGUGCUAGAUAGACCCAACACUGUCCUAAAUUGGCCUCAUAUCUAGGAACUUAAUAAUUUGGAGAUUCAUGUACUCCUCUAAAAAAUUCCAAGAAUAGGGAUCUUUCUUGUGAGAACGGCUUGGUUUCAGCCCACAGCUCUUCAGGUAGAAGCCCACAGACGGACACAGGUUUGUAGCCACAGCAACUGAAAGCAUGAUUCAUACACACAAAAUCGUGAAUGUCUUCUGAGAUUGUGACUGCAUUUCCAAGUCUUCAUUUCAGGCUACAAACUUCCAGAGCUCAGGGUGGUUAGAAAGUGAGUGUGGUUUCUACUUGCUUUCUAUUCAGUAUGCAAACCCAAUGUGAGCCUAUCUGCAUUUUCUUGAUUACGUUAAUACUGGCUAACAUUGAGUGCUAAGCAUUUAAUCCUUACCAACUUGCUACUGGUUUUGCCUCAGCCAUUCUCCCUGUAACCACAUGUUUUUAUUUGGUGAACUACCACUUCCCUGACUCGUGAUCCAUAUGAUUUACAGAGGAUAGACCCAGAUGCUCCAUAGUGGAAGUAUGAUGAAUCAGUAGAUCCCUGGACAUGACCAGAACUUCAGAAAAGUGAAAAUAUCUUUCAUUUUCUGCUGGGAUUGCUUAGUAAGUAAGAUGUAAGCUUGUUAUGUGUAGUCCUGUCUGAGAAUGAAGCUAACACAGGAAAAGAGGGCCAAAGAUGUAGAGAGAUCACAUGCUGAUGAUGCUGUUUAGACUGGCAGAUUCAGGCAAGCCUGAGGUUUCCACCAGUAGAGUUGUCAGUUACAAAAUAGUAAGUUACUGUAGAUGAUUAAGUCAAUUUGAAUCUGGAUACUCGAAACCAAAAAAGCUUUAACAUUAAUAUUAUUAGUAAAUUGUCCGAGGCAUAUAAUAAAUGGCAUGCCCUGAUAGUUAAGUUUAGGCCGGUCUGGUACUAAGUUACAUACUUCUAACUACCAGGUCCAUCCCCAAGAAUACAAAUGGAGGCCCAUAUGCACAUCUUAAUAUCUAAACGUUAUAACUCAAACUAAGCUCAAAUAUGCUCUAUCCUAUCUUGACAGGUACAACAUCCCAGAAGGCCAAGCAUGCACUUUUAUAAAAAUCAGUAAGAUCAUGACAUGAUAAUAUGGAAAGAAUAGUAACCUCUCAUUAUAUAUAUUUUCCCAGCUGAUUCAGAGCAGCUGUUAUGAGGGAUCAGUUAUCCCUAUAUUGCAGAUGAAAAACUGAGGCUUUGGAGGUUAAGUGGCAAGCAAAAACUCAACCCUGGGACUGAGUAUAGAGUUCAAGCUUGUUCUUGGAGUUCCCUGACACUGACUCUGACCUUGUCUUCAGCGGUAGGUUCCUUGAGGGCAGGGACUUUAUGGUCUUAGGAGUUCGUGCUACACCUCUUUUUAUCCCUAGUGCACCACAUAAGUGGGCACACAGUAGGUACUUCAUAUUUGUUGGUAAACGAAUGUAGUUAUUGCUCAAUAGUAAAUGAGAUCCCUAUCACCACCCCUUCCUCAUCCACCAUGCAACUGUGCUGCCAAUAGAAAUUCCAUUACUUUCUGGGGUCACUGUGUUUUGUGAGUUCACACAAUGUAGCAUGUGACUCCCAAGAACUAAUGGCUCCUGAGCAAGAAGAUAACAUUAAGACGCAGAACUGAAAGACCAAUCCCUGGGGUUAGGAGCCUACAGCCCCGAGCACCUGCUAGUACUUCAGCUCACUUCCAUCACAACCAGAUGAUUUGAACUCUCCACAUAGGCAAGAAUGUCAACAGCUACAAAGCAGCAUUCAUGCCCGUACAUAAGGGAUGAGGUGAGGGUAUCUACAGUUCAUCAGACCCCUAAGACCUCACUCCCCUGGUCUCUCCAAGACUUCCCGGGAACCCUGGAACCCAGAGCCAUGGUCUCCCCAUGUAGAGAUUCCAGGGUGUCAGCUGAUGGGAUCAAUGAGGAACAUCUAGAAUCCAUUAUGAUGUUGCACGGUCUCUCUUGCAAUUACAUGAAGCUAUGUGUUGAGUCCUAGAAUGUGUGCAGAGGUGAUCAGUUUAAUCUGGGACUGCCUCUCCAACCCAUCCUGUAGUUCUCUAUGCUCUCUCUUUUCUCUGCUAGCUGAGAGCAGAGGAUUCAGUGGAGAUUGCUGAUGCUCUAUCAGGGGCGUCCAACUCGUGGCCUACGGGCCGCCAUACGUGGCCCAGGAUGGCUAUGAGUGGGACCCAACACAAAAUUGUAAGUUUACUUAAAACCUUUUUUUUGUGCUCAUCAGUUUUUGUGUUUGUGUAUUUAAUGUGUGACCCAGAGACACCAGCAUGAAUGAACCAAUAGAUGGAGGGGGAGCUUGGGCCCUGCAUUGUAUUGUGACCAUGCACAAGAAAUAAAUUUAUACUGUAUUAAAACCA